GUGUGAGCCAAAUAAGCGACCAACUCAAAAUGUGUACUGUAUUCAUGACCUACUCCAUGUCUCGUAUGUAUGUAGUCUUCGAUUUCUAAACACCUAUCUCCUAAUAUCAAUUAUUGUAUGCUUUCACAACAUCUUGAGUGCUGCAGCCCACUUUGACGGAAUAUCAUCGUCAUCAUCCUGAAUCCCAACCUCGAAUCCUUCCACGCCGAGCGUGGUUCCGAUCCCGUCUGCCCCAAAUCUCCUGGACUGCACUCUCAUAUAUCGUGCCAGACCACUCUCCUACGUGUUCUCAAAACUGACAGAACGUCGUAAUGGGCAUAAACUCCCCAGAAGAAGCUUACUUUAACGAUCUCUCUCAACAACCGCCACCCUCGGAGUUCAACGCCCGAAAUAGAGAGCUGGCAAACAACGAAGAGAAUGGCAUACCGAAGACCAAGAGGAUAGCUUGUAUUUUAUGCAGAAAGAGAAAGUUACGAUGCGACGGCGCCAAACCUGCAUGUGGAACAUGCAAGCGACUUACCCAUGAUUGUGCAUAUGAUGAAGUUCGUCGCAAGAGUGGACCAAAACGAGGAUACGUCAAAGCUUUGGAGGCUCGACUGCAGCAGGUAACGGAGCAAGUCGAGACCUUGAUUCGCACCCAAGAUGGCCCAGAGCCAACACGAGAACAGGCGCCGGCCAAUGUACCUUUUCCCAUGUCAUCGUUGCCUCCAAACAUGACAGACUCGUCUAUCGUACAAACAGGAACUACUGAUCAAUCAAUGUUCGGGACAAAUGGUGCAUCCCCAGGAGGCUUUGCUGGUCUUUCAAACGGCAUCGAAAUGAAUACAGACGAACAAUUCCCUUGGGAGAUAAUAAGCCUGGGUCUAGAGGAGCCUCUACCGCCACAAGAAGAUAUUAAUGAAUUAAAUCGACUAUACUUUGAAAAGGUUCAUCCAUCCAUACCAAUGAUUCACAAGCCGAGAUUCCAGGCUGCCAUGAAUCUCGCGCCGCACAUGCGCCCAGCUGUCUGUCUGCGAUACAUUAUGUGGGCCUUUGCAGCAUCGCUCACCGACAGGUACGAAUCUUUGCAAGAGCACUUUUAUCAACGAGCUCGAAAGUAUGCCCAGAUGGAUGAGAUGAAGGGGCACGGUGAGGCCAUGCUGACCUUAGGUCAUGCCCAAGCUUGGAUCCUUAUUUGCACGUAUGAAUUCAAAAGCAUGUAUUUCCCCCGUGCGUGGAUGAGUGCUGGCCGUGCUGUUCGACUUGCGCAGAUGAUGGGCCUGCACCGACAGGAUGGUGCAUUCCUUGACGUGAAGCAGUGCUUGCCUCCACCUAAAGACUGGACUGAGCAAGAGGAAAGGCGACGGACUUUCUGGGGCACGUUCUGCAUAGAUCGCUAUGCAAGCAUUGGGACUGGGUGGCCAAUGACAAUUGAUGAGAAAGAUAUCAUGUCAAAUCUGCCCGCUUCAGGCGAAGCAUACGAGAGAAGCAAGGCCGUGCCGUCAAUAUCCCUUGAGCAAGCAUUGACACCCUCGGGAGCGGCAUCAGUCUCCGCGUUCGGGGCCGUCAUUCUCAUGGCGUGUCUUUUCGGCCGCAAUCUGCAUCACCUGCAUCGUCCAACACCCGACGAUAGGGAAGGCGAUCUCAACGGCGGAUUUUGGAAGCGGCAUAGGGACAUGCAGAACACCAUCGACAAUACGUCCUUAAACCUCCCGGAUAUGUUACGGUUGCCGAGCGCUAUGGGGAGUGCUAAUGCGAUCUUCACCAACAUGUGUUUGCACACGUCGGCGAUAUGCCUGCAUCAAGCCGCAAUCUACAAGGCAGAAAAGAAUCGACUGCCAGCAAGCGUCAGUAAUGAGAGUAAGAUUCGAUGCGUCACUGCGGCUGCGGAGAUUGCAAACAUUAUGAGAAUGAUCAGUCACAUGGAUCUCGCUGCAAUGAACCCCUUUAUCUCCUUCUCGGUCUACGUUGCGGCACGUGUGUUUGUGCAGUACCUUAAAACGCGGCCAAACGAUCAACAGAUGAUCUCUUCUCUCCAAUUCCUUAUGUCAGCCAUGCAGGUGUUGAAGCGGCGAAAUCCAUUGACUGAAUCGUUCAUGGUGCAGCUCGAUCUAGAUCUGGAAGAUGCAGGCAUACCAGGCUUACGCACUAGCGUCGAAUCUUCAGAAAACGGCAAGACCCCUCCCAGUGUAGACAAAGCGCGCUGCAGUCCCAUCGUGGUUAUCGGCGAGCAACAGUCUCAGUCUACAACCCUUGAGAGAAGUGAUGGUGGUUCCACCGGCGACUUGGCCACGGAGCCAGGUCUAAGCAUGCCUACGCAGUCCACUACGUUUACCGGCAACACACCUAUAUCAUCAAGGCCUUCCUUACCACCAAGUGCAUUCUAUGAAGACAUUGAAUCCAAGGGCGCGCUGCGCGGUAUCAUCGUCCCAGUCAUGGAUAGCAACACUCCUGAGGGUGAAAUGGACACGUCCCCGGAUACGAGCGGCGACCAGCCUACUCCAUCUACAUCAAACUCUCGACACGGCUCCUCGUCGCAUACCUCCUUCACGCCCCCACGACAAGAUGAUACCACGUCACAUACACAUCACUACCACUCCGCCCACAACCCAUUGACGUCGAACAAUCAGUCCUCAGCCGGCUCCUCAAACAGCCAAAGCAUUCACUCUGCUGACUUUUUUCCGGCAUCUAGCGGUGGCUAUGCAGGCAUGAAUUCCUACUAUCCUGUUCAGCCUAGUAUGCCCAGCCUUGGGCUCUCGGGUGAUUGGGAUAUAGCCAACGCCAAUUUGUCUGAUAGCGCGUGGAGUCAGAUGCUUGAAGGCAUGGGCAUGAAUUGGGAUGGUGUGGGUCCCUCUGAGAUGCCUCAUUCGCAACAAGUUGAUCCCUUGACUGGACGACGAGUAGUGUAGUGAGGGGUUAAGCGCAGUAGAUCUUGUUGGGCGAGCGACUUGAUCUGAGAUAUGGCGUUUUAUAUGGCAAGCAAACUUUUCAGAGAUACCACUAUACAUUGGGAUAUAGCAGUAUCACGGACAAAGCAUAUUGUAAUGAGUACAAGCAUACCUCUCCCCUGAUAACGGCCAUAGAGAGCUUUGAUGCUCGAUCCACUAAUGACAUAAACAUAUACCACUUCUACCUCCUGUUCGUUUCUUACGUUAUCGUGAGUCUUGACGGAAGCCUGUAUCCAUAGCAGAAUCCGCUGCCAACGUCUGUGUUUCACAGUGCUCUUAUCAUACCCUGCGCCGCGGAAGCUUUCGGUGUCAUCCCAUCUUGCGCUGUAUGAUUCCUUUCUUG